UCCUCACCCUUCCAUCUGUAAGCAAAGACUCAACUUGCAGCCAGGAGGAGCUGUGGUGAUUGCCUGAGAUCUGCUAAGGCUUAGGAACAGCGUUCACCUUUAGAAUCACUCUUGGUAUUUGCCAACGCAAAGCGAUUACUCAUGGUUCCUACCCCAGAGUGAAAUUAAAGAGAAGAGGGAAGAACCAAGCAAGGCUGUCGCUCUAAAGAGAGGGCUGUGAGCACCUCUCAUCCCACUUGUACCUUCCCAGUUACCCCACUGCUCCCCCCAGACUGGGCUCCUUGUCCCCACCACUCUAUCAGAACUUCUUGGCAAAUACAGGACCCAAAUCCAACCUCCGAGGACGUCCCACGUGAAGCUCCAGAAAAGUCUUCACUGAAUCAUGCAGCAGCCCACAGCACGCAGACUACACCAGAGCCUGCUCCCACGUACCCUGUACUACAACCAGCAAUCCCAUCACCGGGGCUCAACGUCUGGGGGAAUACGUGCUCAGGAAAGUUGAGAUGAUCCAACACCAUUUAAGCAAAACCAGGUGAUCCUGUACGAUCCUUCCAGACACCUAAACACAGCCUGGCUCACCCGAAUGACUUAUUUCUUGCCACAAGGAGGAUUCUACCAGGUGGAGGCUGCGGGGAAGCCCCAGGGGAGCCCCCGGCUGUUGGCCAUGGCCGUACCUAUUGCCGUUCUUGACUGCGACCUCCUGCUCUACGGCCGCGGACACAGGACUUUGGAUCGCUUCAAGCUGGAGGAUGUCACGGACGAGUAUCUAGUGUCCACCUACGGCUUUCCCCGACAAUUCAUUUACUACCUGGUGGAUCUUCUAGGAGCCAGUCUCUCUCGCCCUACACAGCGGUCCAGGGCCAUCAGUCCGGAGACGCAGAUCCUUGCUGCACUGGGUUUCUACACCUCCGGCUCCUUCCAGACUCGCAUGGGGGAUGCCAUUGGCAUUAGUCAAGCCUCCAUGAGCCGCUGCGUGGCCAACGUGACCGAGGCGUUGGUGGAAAGAGCCUCGCAGUUUAUUCGCUUUCCUGAGGAUGAAGCUAUGGUUCAGAGCCUGAAGGAUGACUUUUAUGGGCUGGCAGGCAUGCCGGGAGUGCUGGGGGUGGUCGACUGCACCCACGUGGCAAUCAAAGCGCCAAAUGCCGAGGACCUGUCCUACGUGAACCGAAAGGGUCUCCAUUCUCUGAACUGCCUGAUGGUGUGUGAUGCCAGAGGAGUCCUCCUGAGUGCAGAAACGCACUGGCCGGGCAGCCUGCCCGACUGCACAGUUCUGCAGCAGGCUGCCCUUACAAGCCAGUUUGAAAAUGAGCUACAUAAAGAUGGCUGGCUACUUGGUGACAGCUCCUUCUUCCUCCGCACGUGGUUGAUGACCCCUCUGCAUAUCCCGGAGACACCCGCAGAGUACCGUUACAACAUGGCCCAUUCUGCCACUCACAAUGUCAUCGAGCGGACGUUCAGAACCAUCCGGUCGCGUUUCCGCUGCCUGGAUGGCUCCAAAGGCACCCUGCAGUAUUCUCCAGAGAAAUCCAGCCACAUCAUUCUGGCCUGCUGCGUGCUUCACAACAUCUCCCUGGAACACGGGCUGGAUGUGUGGUCUUCGCCGGCCACAGGACACAUGGAACAACCAGAAGAAGAGUACGAGCAAAUGGAAUCAAUGGACUCGGAAGCCUGUCGUAUUCGUCAGGAGCUUUUACUUACACAUUUUAGCUAACGUUGUGACAGAGAGAAGGCUUCUAACGGUUCAUCUGGGAAGAUAUGCAGAGCAAAUAUGCCCCUUCCUUCUUCUUUGAGCCUGUAAAGACUAAGCAGAUGUUAAGACAAGGAGAAAUUUUACUCUUUUCAUUCCAGGCGGCAUUCUGAACUUCUCUCGGUCUCUCCGGAGAUGCAAUUUAAUUGCUAAAUUUUUACUGUUGUAAUGCUUAGAAACUCCCCUUUCACCUGAGUUAGAGAACAAGGACUCGUGAGAUCAGUGGAGAAACUUGGGAAAUCGUCUUUGAUAGCGAUGAAAAACGUGUAAGCCUUGCGCUGUUUUGCAAAGCAACAAUUCUGUGCCACUUUGUAACCCCCGGUACUUGUGAUGGGUUUUUAAACAGCAUUUCACAC